AUUAGCUUUAAGGGUUGGCUACCCUGCUAGCUAGAACUACAGCUAACAACAUGGGACGCAUGUGAACGUGUCUCACACGGGAACGUAGUAGCCGCAGUAGCAGCUACCAGCAGCCUGGUAGGGAGAAAGAAACAAGGAAGCGGGACUGCUAGCUGGCUAAAUCAGAGCUAACGUUAGCUUACUGUUGGCUAAUAUUAUUUCUAAUGAGCGACCAAGGAGUAUGCGAUUUGAUACGAAGAGCUGACUUGUUUGGGGAUGUCGGGCAGUAAGGCGCUGGGCGGGGGGGCUGGUGGGGGGGCAAGGCGCAGGAGGACCCGGUGCCGGCGGUGCCAGGCCUGCAUGCGGACUGAGUGCGGAGAGUGCCACUUCUGUAAGGACAUGAAGAAGUUCGGAGGGCCCGGCCGAAUGAAGCAGUCCUGCCUCUUGAGACAGUGCACAGCGCCGGUGUUACCCCAUACAGCCGUGUGUUUUGCGUGUGGCGAGGCGGGGAAGGAGGACACAGUGGAUUCUGAGGAGGAGAAGUUCAGCCUCUCCCUCAUGGAGUGUACCAUCUGUAACGAGAUCAUCCAUCCCAGCUGCCUCAAGAUGGGUAAAGCAGAAGGCAUCAUCAAUGAUGAGAUCCCUAACUGCUGGGAGUGCCCCAAGUGCCACAAGGAGGGCAAAACCAGUAAGGACCAAGGGGACGGUUCAGGGAAGCGCAGGCUGGACAACGGAGAGGUGGGUCGCUGGAAACUUACAGAUGACCCACCCCCCAAGAAGAAAGCUCCACCCUCCCUGGAAGAUGGAGGGAGAUCUGAGGGAGGGCACAAGAGGAAGAAGGAGAAGGAGCUGCCUCAGGACAGUGGGCCCAAGAAGAAGAUGAAAGGUGCCCAUGAAAAGCGUCUCAAAAAGAAACCUAAACAGGAGUCGUCUGAGUCUAACGGUCCCAACUCCUCCACUGGAGUGGGAAGUGGUGUUGGAGGUGGGCAGAGUUCCUCGUCUUCCUCCUUGUCCUCCUCCCAGGCUGCAGGAGGCGCAGGGGCAGCCCAGGGGGGAGGGCUGUCAAGCGCGGACCAGCGCACCCACCACCGGGAAAAACUAGAACGCUUCAAGAGGAGGUGCCAACUCCUGGAGCGUCGCCCAGAAUCCUCGUCUUCCAGCUCUUCCAGCUCAGAGUCUGACUCGGAGUCCGACUCGGAUGACUCCUCGCGGGAUCAAGGCGGGGGAGGACUUGGGGGGGGAUCCUCCCCUUCGUCCUCCUCUCCCGCUCCUCCUCCUCCCCCUUCUGUUGCCUAUGGCAACAGUGGUGGUCGGGGUGAGCGGGAGAGGAGCCGCAGCGAGCGAGAGAGGGAGCGGGAGAGGGAGCGGCGGCUGGCGGAGUUGGGCUUCAGUGCCAGCGAGGAGUCUGAGGGGGAAGGAGGGAGAGGGGAGGAGGAGGACACAGAGAAGGAGGAAGAGCAGGGAGGAGCGGUGGGGGAUAAGGUCCGACGGAGAGGAGGUAGCGGGGAGGGGUUGCUGCAACAGCGAGGCAGGAAAGGAGCGCUUAUAGAUGGAGAGGAGGAUGAGCCCAUGCCUGACAGGACCAGGAGGAACUCCUCCUCUCUGCCUCCACCCUCCCCUCUCUCUGCCAAUCAAACACCUCCAUCCUCAGGACACUCUGAUAGCUUCACUGGGAAGCAGCGCAGCAAUGGCCAGGAGGCACGCAAUGGACGGACUCGGGGAGGUGCAGGAGGAGGUGCGGUAAGGGAUAGGGGGGUGGCUGGAGGGGAGGGCGGGGAGAAGGAAAAUGCCAGCAGCGUGUUGUCCAAUCACAGGCAUAGUGGAGGAGGAGGAGGCGGGACCAAGGGCAGUGGGAGUCGCGGCAACAAAAUCCGUAGCAACAGCAAGAGCCAGACAUCAGCGGGCUCCCGGAACAACACAACAAACAGCAACAACAACAGCCUUAACCUCUCCUCGUCCUCUACCUCCUCCAUCCCCACCUCCAACGGUGGGGGUGGUGGUGCAGGGGCAGGCAGCGGGCUCCUGAUGUCCGCCAUGGCUGCCUCGCCACGCUCCCAGCCAUCCCGCCUUGCCCCCCGCUCCCAGAUGAUGAAGCGCAGCCCUCCUGCUGUGCCCUCCCCACCGCGGCCCAUCCAGAUGGAGAGACACUUGGUGCGGCCGCCCCCAGCCUGCCCUGAGCCCAGCUGCCUGCCGCUGGACUCUGGCUCAUCCCACAUCAUGACCCGGGAUGUGUGGCUGCGGGUCUUCCAGCACCUGAGUCAGAGGGAGCUGUGUGUCUGCAUGAGAGUCUGCCGCACCUGGAGCCGCUGGUGUUGUGACAAGAGGUUGUGGACACAGAUUGAUCUGAGCAGGCAGCGCUCCAUCACCCCUCCCAUGCUGAGUGGUAUAAUCCGCCGGCAGCCUGUCUCCCUCAAUCUAGGCUAUACCAACAUCUCCAAGAAACAGCUCAUGUGGCUCAUCAAUCGUCUGCAAGGUCUAUUAGAGUUGAAUGUUUCUGGUUGUCCUUGGUCAUCCGUGUCGGCCCUGUGUCAGGCAGUCUGUCCCUGUCUGAAGCUGCUCGACCUCAGCCGGGUGGAGGAGCUCAAAGACUCCCACCUUAGAGAGCUUUUAGCGCCCCCGCCUGACACCAGGACAGCCCAUGGAGAGACGAGGGGGGGCCGCUUCCAGAAUGUGACAGAGUUGCGAUUGGCCGGCCUGGAUUUGACGGAUGCUUCAUCGCGCCUGUUGGUUCGCUAUGUGCCCCACAUGGCCAAGCUGGACCUCAGUCAGUGUGGCAACAUCACAGACCAGACGGUUCACACCUUGACGUCCCCGAUAUCCCCACUGAGGGAGAGUCUAACACACAUCAACCUAGCAGGCUGUGUGAAGGUAACAGAGCAGUGCUUGCCGUGGCUGCGUCGCUGCGCCUCCCUGCAGACGGUGGACCUGCGCUCUUGUUCCCUCCUCUCCUCAGAGAGUGGACAGCUCCUCUCCUUCCCUCCCCCCGAAAACAGAACGCUGCUAAAGAACAGCUAA